AUGGCGAGUCGCGCUCUUAUUCCAUUCCUGGUCACGAUGAUGCUCGUGACCGGGGUCUGCAACACACUGCUCAACAAAUAUCAGGACAUGCAAUGUGUAUGGAACUGUGACUCUCCAGAGCCGCAGUAUCGGAAACUCUUCGAGCAGCCGGUCAUUCAGACUAUCACGAUGUUCGUCGGCGAGAUGGGUUGCUGGCUGGUCCUCGGCCUUUCCAUUUUGUAUAAUCGAUAUAUUUCCCCCCGCAUCUCCCGUGACGAGUCGCCUCUUCUGACUGGCGGUUAUCGUCCGAUCCGCGGUGAAGACGGCGGCCUCGAAGACGACGACGGCACCCUCGAUGGCACGAGCAUCGACCCUACCACCGGACCGAAACCAUCUAUAAAUGAUGGCGACCGUAUCCCACUACGCGGCUGGCGAGUAUUUCUACUGGCGGGGCCCGCCUGCUGUGACAUUGCCGGAACGACGCUGAUGAACGUCGGCCUACUCUUUGUGGCCGCGAGUAUCUACCAAAUGACUCGCGGCGCACUGGUGCUAUUUGUCGGUCUUCUCAGCGUGCUGUUCUUGCGCCGCAAGCUUUAUCUGUACCAAUGGGCGUCGCUCUUCGUGGUGGUCCUGGGGGUUGCGCUAGUCGGACUUGCCGGGGCACUGUUCAGCGGUGAUCCUGGCCAUGAUAUCACACAGGGAAAUCCUGUCAGUCCCCAGAGCACUUCUGGGACCCCGGAGGCUGUUUUGACUGUUAUUGGUGUGCUGCUUAUCGCCGGAGCGCAGAUCUUCACAGCGUCGCAGUUUGUUCUGGAGGAGUGGAUUCUCGAGAACUACGCCAUGGACCCUAUCCAAGUUGUAGGCUGGGAGGGCAUAUUCGGCUUCGUAGUUACUUUCAUUGCCUCAAUUAUUAUGUACUUGGCUGUUGGUCGUACCGAGGCUGGCCAGUACGGUUACUUUGAUAUGAAGGAAGGUUGGCACCAGGUGUUCUCGAAUCGUGCCCUAACCGUGUCUAGCAUCUUAAUCAUGAUAAGUAUCGGAGGGUUCAAUUUCUUCGGGCUCUCGGUGACUCGCACCGUGUCAGCUACUUCCCGCAGUACCAUCGACACCAGUCGCACAUUGUUCAUUUGGAUCGUCUCCCUGGGCCUUGGUUGGGAGAACUUCAAAUGGCUGCAGGUUGUCGGUUUUGGUUUGCUUGUUUACGGAACGUUCCUGUUCAACGACAUCAUCCAGCCCCCUCUCAAGGCCUGUCUUCCGCAGAGUGGACGACAGAGAGGUGAGACCCUCCUGCCAGAGGACCCAAUCGAGCACAUUUAG